GUUUCGCAGAACGUGUCUUUGUUUUUCUUCGCACUAUUCUCGUGCAUUUCACCAAUUGUGACUAAUUGUGAAAUUUCGUUUAUUGCUAAUUCAGAGUUAAUUUUGAUAUUAUUUAGGAAUUGGAAUCAUUGUAAGCAACUAACAAAAUCAAUAUGUCAACUUAUACAUGCAUAAAUUGCUGUGUAAAAUUCGCCUCUGCGGAAUUACAACGAGAUCAUUACAAAACUGAUUGGCAUCGGUUCAAUCUGAAACGUCGUGUUGCAGAAUUGCCUGCAGUAAGUGCUGAAGAAUUCCAGGGACGUGUGUUGCGUAUGCGGCAAGAAAAGGCUAUAGAGGAGGAGGAGAGUCAAAUGAGCUUCUAUUGCAAUGCCUGUCGCAAACAGUUUGGCAAUCAGAAGGCACACGACAAUCACCUGAACAGCAAAAAGCACAAAGAAAAUCUAUUGCGUUUCGAAAAAGAGCACACAGGCGAAAGUGUGGAAGUGUCGAAAAAGAGUGUAGUACAACAAAAACCACAUCCAGCGUUAGCGGCAGCAGCACAAGGCAAGGGUAGAUUUGCAUUGCAGAAGCAACAACAGAAAGAAGACGAGGAGGAUGCGUAUGAAGAUAUGGAUGAUGAUGACGAAGACUAUGAAGUUGUGGAUGAUGAGGAGGAGAGCGUGCAAAUUGAUUCAGAUGAAUGGGAGCAACUGCCAGAAAAUCCGCUGAGUGAAAAGGACUGCCUCUUCUGCACACACGUCAGCGAAGAUAUGGUUGAGAAUUUAAAACACAUGUCCAUUGCGCACUCAUUCUUCAUACCCGAUGCAGAAUUCUGCACUGACUUGGAAGGACUGCUCAACUAUUUGGGUGAAAAAGUGGCAAAUUACUUCAUAUGCCUGUGGUGCAAUGAUCGCGGUAAAACAUUCUACACACUCGAUGCGGUACGCAAACACAUGCUAGACAAAGGACACUGCCAAAUGUUGCACGAAGGUCUAGCCUUAGCGGAAUAUGCAGAGUACUAUGAUUAUAGCUCAAGUUAUCCCGAUCACCAAGAAGGCAUGGACGUCGAUGAGGAAGUUGUACCCGAUCUGCUUGACGGCGAUGAAUAUCAACUGGUUUUGCCCUCCGGCGCCGUAAUUGGUCAUCGUUCACUGCUGCGCUACUACAAACAACGACUUAAUCCACAUCGCGCGCUUGUGCCCAAGAAAUCGGAUCGUCGCCUGCAUAAGGUGCUCAGCGAAUAUCGCGCUUUGGGCUGGAGUAAUAUGCAACAACAAGCUGCUGCACGUAAGGCGCGCGAUUUGCACGUCAUGAAGCGCGUACAAGCGAAAUGGCAGAUGAAACUUGGCUGCAGAGCGAACAAAUUCCAGAAACAUUAUCGCGCGCAAGUGAUGUUCUAAGCGUAUAAUGGAAAUUAACUUAACAUUUGUGGUUUUUGCUUGCAAGUGUUUGUGUUUGAAAAUUGUAAUAUUUGCAAAUCAAAAAGUGUAAAAUAAAAAAAUUAAAAUAUUUUUUUAAAUUGUGCUGUGCUUCAAUACGCUAAAGCCCUUGCAAUGGACGGUUGUACAUAUAUAUUUGUGGACAGCAUCCAUUAUCUUUUAGUGUAUAAUAAUAAAUAACGUUUUAAAGCUA